UCCCCCAAAACCCUAUUCCACGUCCACCGAGGAGGAGGCGGAGGAGGAAGGAGUGAAGCCCCACCUCCCGCCGCCGCCGCCGCCGCCGCCAUGGCGCUCCGGCUGAUCAACCCGAGCAGGAAGCCCCUCCUCCACGUGCCCCGCCCCUCCUCCUCCUCCUUCUCCUCCUCGUCCUCCUCCAACAACAGCCCUCCCUUCCCUCCCCCUCCCCCGCCGCCCUCCGACGACCCCGGCCACCCGCCCCCGAACCACGGCGAGGGCCCCCAGAGGCCGGCGGCGUCCUCGAUCUUCCUCGACAUCCGCGAGCGCCUCAAGUCGUCCCCGGCGCCGCCCCCGCCGCGCCGGAUCCCGGCCAACCCGCUCCGCCCCGGCGGGCCGCCCGCGGCCCCCUCCGUCGGCCUCGACGACAUCAAGCGCAGCCUCGAGUCCUUCCGCGCCGGCUCCCCCCGCUUAUCCGGCCCCGGCGUUGGCGGCGGUGUCGGCGGAGGCGCCAACCCGUCGUUCCAGGACUUGCUCAAGAACAGCGCCGCCUCCCCGGCGGGUCGCCCCCAGGGAGGAGGAUCCCCCAACGCCGGCGGCGGCAAGCCGUUCAGCUUCAGCUUCGAGUCCAUCCGCGAGAGCAUCCGCAAGAUCGACCCGCAGCAAGAGAGGCAGCGCCAGCCGCCUUUGCGGUUCCUGAACAACACCCCGGACAACAUCUUCGGGAGGGAGAUGCGCCAGAGGGCCGGGAAGCCGCAGCCCGGGGAGGGGAAGGAAGACGAGGACGCCGGCGUUUUUCUCGCUAAUGAAUACACUCCCGAACAGCUUGGGCAGAUGCUCAGGGAGCUCCGGCCGGCGGACGCAGGGAAGGACGGGAAGGAGUGGUUCUCUCUCCAGGAGCUGCAGGGGCGGAUCGCCAAGAUCGCGGAGAAGGAGAGGGGCCAGGCUGACCCGCGGUAUGGCGGCGAGUUUGGUUUGCUCCGGCAGACCUUAACGAGCCUCCAUAAAGAUCAGAAAGGGCAGAAGAAGCAUGUCAGCACUGUCCAGCAUAUGUCACUAUUUGCAAACAUCGGUGGAAAGCCGCUGCCGGAGUACAUGCUGAGCAAUCUUCCGCCGCAGGAGGAGUUGCUAGAGAGGUAUUUCCAUCCUGAUCACAUGUCAGGCGAAGAGAAGAUGAAAUUGGAGCUUCAGAAGGUCAGGGAUGAGUUCAAGAUGUCCGAGAAUGACUGUGGUUCCGCACGAGUUCAAAUAGCCCAACUGACACUAAAAAUCAAGCACUUGUCAUCCGUUCUACACAAAAAGGAUAAGCACUCUCGAAAGGGGCUCCAGGACAUGGUCCAGAGGAGGAAGAAGUACCUCAAGUACCUGCGCAGGACCGACUGGGACUCAUACUGCCUCGUCCUGUCAAAGCUGGGGCUCCGCGACACGCCCGAGUACAAGGCGGCCGACUACAAGAAGACCCAGCCGACGAAGGCGCAGUCGAAGAAGAGCAAGAGCAAGAGGAAGAGAAAGAUGAAGGCGUAGAGCUCCGCGGCGCGGGACAGAUGAUAAUUUCCCACACUCUUCUCCUUCUCUUUGGCAUUGAGAACUCCGUUGGCGGUAGAAUCCGUCGGGUCGACGGGCACCGAGGCUCAAGAUGUCUCUGCCCUGCCAGGUCCUUGCAGUGUUGUAAUUUUUUGAUCCACUUCUUCUGUAAUAACCAGUCGCUUGACAUAGCUGCAUGUUUUUCUUGUUCUGUAGCAACAGAAUGUUUGUUGAUCCUAGGUCUCAGCUCUCCCCUGCCCUGUUAUCAGGCCAAUGGAUUGAGGAACAAACGGGAUGAUGAUUACUUGUUUCUUCAUUUAAUCAUAUACGGGGUUUUGGUACCUUGUUGGUUU